GCUCCGUGCUCGCAGCUCACAUCUGGAAUUCAUUGCAGCUACCGCCGGAAAGGGGCGGAGAGGAGGGCGGGGCGAGUGGGGGGCCAAGGCUGUGCCUCUCCCCGCCCCCCGCUUCAUCCAAGUCCCAAGCCCCGGGACGCAGCCGAGCCCGGCGGGCAGCCCCAGCCCCAGCCGCGGCCGUCCCGGGGACGAAGACGCCAAAGCCCCUCCGGCCAGGGCAGGGACCCGGGCCCGCCUAACCAGGCCUGGCCAUUCUCUGGUUUUGAGCCCAGUGACCUCUUACUGAGCCUCUGGGAGGGAGCCAGGGCUGCCUUGCUGAAGGUGAGCUGGAGACAGGUCGUGUGUGCAGCCAAGCCUGGGAACCGACACAGGGAAGAGAAGCAGGCAAGCUCUGACAGCUCCAUGGCCUCGGCUGGCCACUGAGCCCCACCAUGGGCAACCUGUACUCGGAAUACCUAAGCACCACCAAGGUCGAGGAGCACUACAAUUACACCAAGGAGACACUCAUCAUACAGGAGACAGUCUCCCGGCAGGUGGCCUCAGCCCUCAUCAUCAUCCUGUGCUGUGCCAUAGUGGUAGAGAACCUGCUGGUGCUCAUCGCGGUCGCCCGAAACAGCAAGUUCCACUCAGCCAUGUACCUGUUCCUGGGCAACCUGGCCGCCUCGGACUUGCUGGCAGGCGUAGCCUUUAUAGCCAAUACCUUGCUCUCAGGCUCUGUCACACUGCAUCUGACACCUGUACAGUGGUUUGCCCGUGAGGGCUCAGCUUUCAUCACACUCUCUGCCUCUGUCUUCAGCCUCCUGGCCAUCGCCAUUGAGCGACAUGUGGCCAUUGCCAAGGUCAAGCUCUACGGCAGUGACAAGAGCUGCCGCAUGCUGCUGCUCAUUGGGGCCUCGUGGCUCAUCUCACUGGUUCUGGGUGGCCUGCCCAUCCUUGGCUGGAACUGCCUGGGACGCCUAGAGACCUGCUCCACCGUUCUGCCGCUCUACGCCAAGCCCUACGUGCUCUGUGUGGUAACCAUCUUCUCCGUCAUCUUAUUGGCCAUCGUAGCUCUGUAUGUCCGCAUCUACUGCGUGGUCCGCUCCAGUCAUGCCGAUGUGGCCGGCCCACAGACACUGACCCUGCUCAAGACGGUCACCAUCGUACUAGGUGUCUUCAUUGUUUGUUGGCUGCCUGCUUUUAGCAUCCUGCUCCUGGACUAUGCCUGUCCUGUACACUCCUGCCCUAUCCUCUACAAGGCCCAUUACUUUUUUGCUUUCGCAACCCUCAACUCGCUGCUCAACCCUGUCAUCUACACGUGGCGCAGCCGGGACCUUCGGUGGGAGGUACUGCGGCCGCUGCAGUGCUGCCGGAGGGCGGCCGGGGUGCAAGGACGGCGGGUUGGGGCCCCAGGCCACCGCCUCCUGCCCCUCCGCAGCUAUAGCUCACUGGAGAGGGGCACCCACAUGUCCACGUCGCCCACGGUUCUGGAGGGCAACACAGUGCUUUGAGGGACAAAUGGGCUGACAACCAGGCCAUGGCAGAGGGCACCGUGGGCAGGUGCCGGGUGAUUUCAGACAGAGAUGUGGGACAGCCAAGCACGAUGGCCACCUCAACAGACCUGGGUUGAUAUCGAAAAUCUUUCAUACCUGGGAUGGCCAGUUGAGGCACUGACCAGUUAGAAGGCAGAGCCGCAGGAGGGUCCUGGAGGCUAGUGCAGUGACUGGUGUAAUCCCUUCAGAACUGGACUGUGAGCAGGUCUGGGAGACCUGGAAAGGACCCGGGUGACAGCAGGCAGGCACUCAAGCAGAGCUCAGGACAGGAGCAAUUCACAGCGUGGUACAAAGGAUUUUAUUGCAUGACUGACCUCCACCCUGUGCCAGACUCUUCUCUGAAUUCACUCCCCUUGUCAUCUUCUGGCAACUUCAGGCCACUUUCCUGGAAUCGCUGUUCUGAGGGGCUGGAGGCCUCCUCCCUGACCAUCAGGGCAGCCCCAGCUAACAGCUCCCUGGGCACAAAUCCACAGCUUCCCCAAAUUUCACCAGCUGACACUUCAGCCACUUCUUCUCUCUCUUCUUACUCCACAAGAUGCCAGGAAACCAUGGGCUGGAGGGGGAGGGUGCCGAACCCCAUUUUCAGACCUCGUGGGCCAGCUGCACUGUUUGGGACACAGAGAACUCACCAAGGGCUAGAAAAACCUGUCUGGGGUCCUGGCAGCAGGGCGCUGAGGAGGCCUCUGGGUCUCUCAAGGUCACAGGGUGAGACUUGGGAAACUCUUAGCUGAGGACCCUUCCACCCCACAAAACAACCACCCACAGUCUGCUUCCUCCUCCACCUCCAGCUGAGGUGCCAGAUCUCCUAAGGCAGGGCAGCCUUGAGCCCGCUGUGCCUCCUUUCAAGGUGCAUUGGCUGGAGUAGGGAAUGGAGGUGCUAGGGACAUUUGUAGGGGCUCUCCCCUAACCUGCCCCAUCAGGGCUUUGCUAAAUCCUGUGGAUAGAUAGAAGAAUCGCUACGGUACAAACAUAUAUUUAUGUGUGUCAGCCAGUGUCCGUGUGUGUGUCUGUGUUGGUGUAAGUGAUGCCUGUGAUGCCCUGUCCCCACUAUGUUCCCCCAGAAUGGAUGCUGUUCUGUCUCCUUAUGUGUGUGUUGAAGCUGCCAAAGAGGGGCCUGGCUCCAGACAGACCCCUUUGUAAUCGCUGGCUCGUUUCCCCACUUGAGAGCUGGGCUGCAGCUCACCUUGGGGAAGGAAACAAUAUGCCUCAAAAUAAUUUUUUGUGAAUCAAAGAAAUCCUCCCAGCAAAGGCUAGGAGGGUCUUUGGUGGGGGCAAGGAGCCGGUUGGGGGCUUGUUUCCCCUCCUUCUGCUCCCCAGAUGUCCCUCCAAUGUCUGAGACGACCCAGGCCAAUAAACGGUUCAAUCGCUCUUUCUGAUGCCUGUGUCUUUUCAGGUUUAAGGUGGUAGUUCCCCUGUUAGCGCCCUGUGGCUGGGGGUGAAUGGGAUGGAGGGUAGCUGCUGCCCAGGCAGCUCACCACCUUUUGUCAGCCUUUCCUUUCUGAGCCCCCCCCCCUCACCCUGCCCAGACCAGGGCUGCAGUGGCUUCUGAGGAAAUGGGACCAACGCAGGCAUCUCCCCAGGGCAGUUGUCUGCGUCCUCCUUGCUUUCCUUCAAAGGAAGAUCUGGUGGGUGGUGGGGGCCCCCUUCCCCAUCCCAAAUACAUGUCCCUCCCUUGGAGCUGGAGAGAUAAUUUUGGGGACUCCAAGCCCAGAUGGCCCUUCACAUCUCCAUGUUCCUCAGAGCAAUGGCUGCCCGAGCACUUUCCAGGCGCAAAGAAAGGAUGCGAAUCCUCAGGAGGUGGGAGUUACUAUAAAAUCCUUUUAUGGAGAUGGGGGUUCAGAGAAGUUAAGUGAGCUGCUCAGGAUCACACAACAGUCGGGGCAGCACCUGUCUAGAUUGGAACUCAAAUGGGCUGAUUUGAGAUCCUGCCAACUCUACCAGUGAGUGGGCCAGAGAGAGUAUCCUCAACACCCUCUGUGCCAUGGAAAUGUGGGCCGCUAGCCCCAGCCAGCCCCAUGCAGAACAGGGGAACACAGUGAGGUUCAGGGUCCCGUGGCUCCUUUAAAGAUCUGAGCUUUGUUUGGGAGAACAGACCCCCCCAGCUGAAGCCUCGCCCAGCAACACCAGCACAAAUACUAAGGCAGCCAGGGAGAAGGGAGUGAGGUAAACAGAAGUUGGAGGCUGAAAGGCCUGCACCCGCAUCAGGAUUCCCCUUCCUCCAGCAGUGCAGAGGCAUCCUCUGUUUGGAAACCUGGGCUCUUGCUGAGAUUGGGAAGGAGAGGCGUAGGCCAAGCAGGAAUCAGUAAAUUUCUCCCAACUACCCAUGUGCUUCCUCCUCCUCCUCCAGGCCUUCGCUAAAAUGCCACCUCCCUGUUGAAGCCUGCCCUGAUCUCCCUCUUCCCUCUCAGUCGACCCUUUGCCUAUUUAUUACCUGGCAGUGUAUUAUAUAACAGUUUACCUGUCUUCUUCCUUUAAAACAAGAAAAACGAAGAUAGGCUUGCAUCCGUGUUAUUCGCCACUGUGUCUCUAGCGUGUUAAACAGCAUCUGGCAUAUUCCUACCACCGGACCUUUGCGCCUGCUAUUUCCUCUGCCUGAAAUGAUCUUCCCCCAGACAUCCUUGUGACUCCCCCCUCCUCCUUCAGAUCUAUAUUUAAAUAUCACAACCCAGGUAAGGCCUCUGGCCUUGCCAUGCACGAGUUUCUUUUCCUACCUGCCUUUCUUGCUACUCUUGAACAUGGAACACAUUUUGCUUCAUCCUGUUUAUUUUUUACCUUCCCCUUUAGAACGCUAGUCCCAUGACAGCAGGGGUUAGUGUCUGUCUUCACUGCUUGGCCUCAGAACAGUGACCGGCACACAGUAGGUACUCAGUAAGUGUCUGUGAAAUAAAUGAAAGUAAAAGCAAAUGAUGGUCAUUUCAGUAAGUGUUCAGUGCUGUGAAGAAAAAAUAGUGGAGGCGACAGUUUUGGGGUACUCAGUCACUAGCAUCAGCACCCUUAACAGGUGAGGAAACUGAGUUACAGAGAGGUCAAGUGAAUGCCCAAGGUCACAUAGCAUGCAGGUGGAAGUGUCCAGAUUUGAACCCAAGCACUCUUGAUUGAAGAUCACAAUGAUAUCUGAUCCUUCUCAAUAUCCCGAAGAUCUACUUUACUGGUAUCUCCAAUAUUGGGGCUUAGAAUGGAAGGGACCAACUUAAAGGGCUGCAAAUGACUUUUACUUCCUUUUCCCCUAAUGAGGCUGUUGGAUAUUAGAAAGCACCAGAAUAAUCUGGAAGAACCUAUUAAAAUGUAGAUUCUGCCCUGGCUGGUGUGGCUCAGUAGAUUGAGUGCAGGCCUGUGAACCAAAGGGUCACCAGUUUCAUUCCCAGUCAGGGCAUGUGCCUGGGUUGCAGGCCAAGUCCCCAGAAGAGGGUGCGUGAGAGGCAACCACACACUGAUGUUUCCCUCUCUUUCUCCCUCCUCCUCUCUAAAAGAAAAAAAAAUUGUUUUAAAGGAAAUAAUGCAGAUUCUUAGACUCUGCCAUGAGAGAUUCUGAUUGAAUGGGUCUAGGGUGACCCCAGCAAUGCUCGUUUCUCAACAAACACUUCCAGGUGUCAUCUUGGGACUAUAGUCUAAGAAAAGGUCUAGACUCUGCAACCUCAGCAGAACUUUCCGCAGGGAGGGAACUGGGCCAUAUCUGCCCUGCACACUUGUGGGCAGUUUAGCACUUGAAAUAUGAUUAGCGUGAUGCAGGAACUACUGUAUUUUGCCAUGUACAAUGCACUCUCGUGUAUAAUGUGUGCCUACAUUUUUGUGUGCUUUAUACAUGGGAUUAUUAUACUCAUGGCAUGUAAUUGUUAUACCCAUGUAUAAUGCAGAUCUUUAUUUUGCCCUCAAAAAUUUGGGCAAAAAAAGUGUGCAUUAAACGUGGCUAAAUAUGGUUAAUUUUAACUUUAAACUGAUAAGAACAGAUACUGCACUUGAUCUUAGCCAAAAGGCCGAGAAGCGAUGGUAAAUUUUAACUUUAAUUAAUUCAAGUGUAAAUAGCCACACAUGGCCAUUAACAUUUCUCCACCGUGAAUCUCUGGUUUCUGCAGCCUCAGGGCAGCUGAACUCUCUGGGCAUAUGCCGCUAAUUCAACAAAAAUCAUGUCUCACCAUCAUCAUCAUUAUUAUUAUGAGCAACAUGGUAGCUUUCUUAUGUCACUUCAUGAUUUUUGGAAUAUUUUUUGAAUAAUGAUAUCAAGAUUAGUCUCAGCUGCAAAUGACAGAAGACACCAAAUAUUAGUAACUUAAGAAAGAGAAAUGCAUACCUGACCCUUGGCUGAAGACUUCAUCCACGCACAUCAAAUAAAUGGGCUCUGGGGCUUGGGAGUUAAAAAAAGAAAGAGAAGUGACUUUCUCAUAUAAAAGGGUUUCAGAGGAAAUUGGUCCUGGGUAAGAAGGACAGAUGCCUAUUCAUUAGCAUCCAGGCUGCUGUCUGUCCAUUCGUCCCUCCAUCCAUCCGUCCACUGAAGUCUAUCUGUCUGUGUAUCUAUUUAUCUGUCUGUCAUCCAUCCACCUAAAUACUUUCUGUUUCCUAAGAACAAAGCACUCUCCUAUAUAACUUCAGUAAAACUAUCAAAAUCAGGAGAUCUGCAAACCUUAAUCAGAUUUUACUGAUGGUCUCAUUACUGACCUUUAUAAUCGCAGGAGGAAAUCCCAGACCACCUGUUACAUUCAGUUGUCUUUUCAGUGUCCUUCAGUCAGAACAGUUUCUGAACCUCUAUCUUUUGUGACCUUGGCAUUUUUGAAAAAUAUAGGUCAGUUACUUGGUAGAAUGUCCUUCAACUUGGAUUUGUCUGAUGUUUCCUCAUGAUUACAUUCAGACUAUGCUUUUUUUUGACAGAAAUAACACAGAAGUAAUGUGUUUUUCUCACUUAGUCUCAUUACUAGUCAUGUUAACUUGGAUCACUUGGUGGUGUCUGCCAGUUUUUGCACAUUAAAGUUAUGAUUUCCCCCCUUGUAAUAACUACUUCGUGGGCUGGUAUUUUGAGACUCUGUAAAUAGCCUGUUACUUAUCAAACUUUUACUCCUUUAUCAUCCAUUCUUGUCUGAAUCAAUUAUUACUCACCAGAUAUCUUUCAGAAAAUUGCAGGACAUCACGUGAUUUCAUUGUAGAUAAGCCACUUUUUAUCUUCAAAAGAAAGCAAUACUUUUUUUCAACUUAACCACAAUACCAUA